UUAAGCCUUCGUUUUUUACUUUUAUCGUAUUUCUCGGCCCCAAAAACCUUAUCAAAUUGACUGCGAUCUCUCUAUUACUAGCGAGAGUUUCAAAAGGUGUUUUUCUUUGAAUUUUAAAAGGGGUUUGGGAGAUUUUUCUUUCUUUAUUUUGUUUCUGAAGAAAAAGGUUAAGGAAUCGUAUGAUUAGUAAUUGAUCCUUCUUUGUGGGCAAAUACAUGCGCAGCCGUUUGACAAAAAAAGGAAGAAUUGGAUCUCCCGCGUCAACAAUCAUCCUUUGGAAAACCAAAAUAAGAGAUUGGAAAUGCACUAAUGGGUGUAUAGACAGUCCGCGCGCACUGAAGUUGUAGAGUGUGUAUACUGUGUAGGUUGUGGGUGGCAGUAAUAGCCGAAGUAAUAGUAGGCCAGACCUUCUCUUCCCCAACCUUUGCCAUAAAUGCAAGAGAAUCAUAUCACAACCUCCCCACCACCACGGCCCAUCUCCCAUUAAUGACACUUCUUACCUUACUUUCACUUCCCCUUUUCGAUUGGUACCCUUUUCAAUGAGUUCAAGAUAGGCAUAUUCUCCAUGAGCUUGAGAUAGGCAUAUUGAUAUUGAUUGGAGUUUCUGGGCUUUUGUAGUUCUGAGGAGCUUAAUUUUGUUCGUAUUUUUAUGAUAGAAUGGGAACACAGGAGGAUUCUGCGGUGGAUCAAAAGCACGAUAUGGGUGGAAUCCAAACAAAUUUUGUUAUUCCAAUUCAUAAGGUUGAAGACACAACUGGAAUAACUGAAGAAACUAGCCAUGUUCAUAACUGGAGGCGGAAAAAUCUUGUCUUAGAGAUACCCUCUAGAGAAUUGGAAGACUCGUCUCAUAACACUGUUGUGAUCAAGAUGCCCCCAACUCCUAGUCCCACUCCAAGGAAAGUGAAUUUCUUCUUGACACCAAGUUCUGCUGAUGCAAAAGCAGCUAGUGGGUCCCCAGGUCCCUCCUCAGCUAGAGGCAAAUCGUCCUUGAAGAGUCUGUUACCAAAACUAAGCUUCAAGUAUCGGAAUUCUACUUCGGAUGUUGAAAGGGCCACCAACCCAACUCAAGAUGCUUCAUCUACCGCGACACGAGAGAAGCCUUCAGUCUCAAGAUCAUUGUCAAUUACAAAGAUAUUCACUCCUAGGAUGAAGAGAACGGCUUCACUGCCUGUAACUCCGCUUGCACACUCCAACCCAGGAUCUGCACAUGGAGGAAAUGCAGCUUUUACUCCAAAUUCAAGUAGAAAAGCAACCCAGGUGCGCAUACAUCGCUCACUCUCGGUGCCUAUCAACAAUAAAGAAAGAAGCAUAAGGCGAAUGGAUUCCUUUUUCCGUGUGAUUCCUUCAACUCCUCGAGUAAAGGAAGGAGAUAUAACGUCAAAUCCAUCACUUGCAGUUGAUACUGAAAACAAUGAUGCUGAUGGUGAAGACAUACCUGAAGAAGAGGCUGUUUGUAGAAUUUGUCUGGUUGAUCUCUGUGAAGGAGGUGAAACCCUUAAAAUGGAGUGCAGCUGCAAAGGAGAGCUUGCUCUGGCCCAUCAAGAAUGUGCUGUAAAAUGGUUUAGCAUCAAGGGUAACAAGACCUGUGACGUGUGCAAACAAGAGGUCAUGAAUCUGCCGGUGACUUUAUUACGAAUUCAAAGUGUUCGAACUCGAAAUGCGGGAGCAAGUAGAGGUCAACAGGAAGAUCGUAAUGGAUACAUGGUUUGGCAGGAAGUGCCAGUGCUUGUCAUUGUGAGCAUGCUUGCCUACUUCUGUUUUCUUGAACAACUCCUGAUAGGGAAGAUGGGGACUAGUGCAAUCGCCAUAUCACUUCCAUUUUCAUGUGUCCUUGGUCUCACUGGAUCAAUGACCUCCACAACAAUGGUGAAGAGAAGAUUUGUCUGGGUUUAUGCAGCAAUUCAAUAUGCUUUGGUGGUUCUCUUUGCACAUAUUUUUUACUCAUUGGUUCAUGUGCAAGCAAUUCUGUCUAUUCUCCUAGCAACAUUUUCUGGGUGUGGUGUGGCAAUGAGUGGGAGUUCAAUUGUUGUCGAGUUCUUGCGAUGGAGGACAAGACGGCAUACUCUACCAGAUCGGCAUAAUGGUUCCAUAGCGGCACCACCCCAUGGCCAGUCUGCUCGACCUGUAAAUUCAUCUACUGAUCAGGUUCACCAAACCGAAGCGGAAAAUCCAUAUACUUUUGGUGCGCAUUGAAAUAAUUUUUCAUGAGUGGCAACUUAUUGAAGGUCAUAGUUAGUUCAUGUUGUAUAUAAGGUUUUUUUGUUUUUUUUUUCCCUUUAUAAUGGAGCCCGAAUGUUCAAGUCUUUUAAAAUUUGUAUUAAUUAAUGCAAAUGCAAUCUUUUUUUUA